GGGAACGGCGGGGAGGGAGCGCGAGGCGGCGGGAUGAACGCUCCUCCGGCAUUCGAGUCCUUCCUUCUCUUCGAAGGCGAGAAAAAGAUCACCAUCAACAAGGACACCAAGGUGCCCAACGCCUGUCUGUUCACCAUCAACAAGGAGGACCACACGCUGGGGAACAUCAUCAAGUCGCAGUUACUGAAGGACCCUCAGGUGUUGUUUGCAGGUUACAAGGUCCCACACCCCCUGGAACACAAAAUCAUCAUCCGUGUUCAAACAACACCAGAUUACAGCCCCCAGGAGGCUUUCACCAACGCCAUCACGGAUCUGAUCAGUGAGCUGUCCCUCCUGGAGGAAAGAUUCAGGGUUGCCAUCAAAGACAAACAGGAAGGAAUCGAGUAAAAUUAUCACACUAAGACUGGACUGUACUUCUGAUGAAGAAUGACGUGUUGUCUAGGAGUUGAAUGCUUUAUUUAAACCUUCAUUCAUGGCAAUUACUUUCCUUUUCAUCCCAUUUAUUUUUGACAGCAGUAUUGGGAGGGGAGGUUUGUAUCUGCCAAGUCUUGUUUGAUUUGAUGGCUUAAUUCACUAAAAUCAUUUUUACUUUUC